AUGGCGCUAGUUUCCUUAAGUUUUAAGUUUUUUAGGGCCUUGGAAACAGCCCUUGAGGCAGUUAAAAACGGUGAUGCCCGUCUUGCAGUGUUAGAACUUAAAUGUAUAAAAGAAGGUGGAUUGCUGUUACGACAACACACUGCACUCCUCCGUGAUCAGCUAAAAGAAGCCAAGAAAGAACAGCAACAGAAGGUAGAAAUCCUUACAAGGGAUAUGAACGAAUUGUAUAAGCAGGAGGAGGAUCUAAAAAAGAAAAAAGAAGAACUGGAAACGAAGAAACACUUGUUGGCCAAAGAAAGGGAACGGUGCAGUCGAAAGAAGCAGGAUGCAUGGAGGAGAUAUAAACAGGCACAGACAGAGAUGAAGGAUGCUGAGAGCAAAUAUAAGGAGUUUCAAAAUUAUUGGUGGGUACCCAUUUAUGGCACCUACCUUGGUCUUCGAGAACUGUUUGAAUCCAACACGACAAAGGUCCGUGAAGCUCACAACGAGAUGCAAGGUUAUGAAAGGGAUAUGGAGAGAGCUGAGGAGGACAUCGCAUGGGCGAACUCUGCCGUUUGGGAGGUACAGUUUUGUAUUUUAAAUUUGUCCUGUGUCCUCUAUAUUUCAAUUUGUAAGCUAAAAACGUUGAGCCUUGAGAAAUAUAUUAUAGAAUAUACCCAUAAAAAGAGUUUUUCCCAAAGUCCUUAUGCCUAGGCCUCCUUUUAUCCACAUUCCCAUUGCGAUGGCUAUAGGCAUAUCCAACAGCCCACAUUCAAGGAAUAUUUGCCUCGAAGACAAGGUGCCCAGCACAGUCAGCUGGUGCUCUUUACAAUUGGAAUCUAUUGCGAUAAGCUCCCAGUUUAUCGGUGCCGCUGAGUAUUUUGAUACACCCAACUAGUCAAAUUAAACUUUGAAGUUGUUGAGCAUCGACAUUGCUUUGAUGAUGAUACAUAACGUUUGUACGGUAACUUUUGAUACGUGACUGAUGUUGACUUUAAGAGAUAUUCAAAGCUUUUAGACCAAUGUAUUACGUGAUUACCAGCCAACUUGAAGCGUUACAUUGCACAGCAAGAAUUAAAAGAAUGUUCGCACUGACCAUCUGAAUUUAGGCUUUUAGGUUAGGUACUGCCGCGAACAUCUGACUGGCCUAGACACAUUAUAACGGAAUCCACCAGAAAAUUGACGUCUAAAAGCGUAAAAUACAUCUAAAUUUGCAGGCCAACCAUCAAUCCCAAGUCUACCCCAAGCCCUAGUUUGCACAUUCCUUUUGUUAAAUUUUGCUUCACCCACGGGAAUUGGUGAUUGGGGUCGAUGAUGCCAAUGGUACAAAUACGUUUGGAACGAUUUCACCUGUCUGUUGGUACUAAUGGUUUGAUAAAUAUUCGAAAAAUAUUAAUAAAUAUUAUAUUCAAUUAAUAAAUAUUAUAUUCAAUAUAUAUAUUGAUAAAUGCAAUCUAUUGGUUCUAUAGCCGGGGUAGCUUCUCUUGAGCCUGGAUGGCAAAAGGGAAAUUCCAGUGGUUCAUGGGUUCUAUCAAUGGUACGAUUGGUUACGGUAGAAAUGGAUGUGAGAAUGUUGGUUCUAUUGGUGAAUGCCAUCUCUUAAAAGAAACGUAUUCCAAUGGUCCAUGGGUUCACCGUUGUACGAUUAGUGCCAGAGGAAAAGGUCAUGUCUAUUUCGUCUAUUGUUGAAGUGCAUUUCAUUAUGGACACCUAGAACAACUUCUCGUGUUGCUCGGUUGGGCAGAGCCGUAUAGGAGGAUUCCGGUGGUCCAUUGGUAACAACUGUAGAAGGGAAUUAUCUUGGGAGCUGUGACCCAAGGAGACGACUGAAAUUCAGGCUGUAAAGGAACAGUACAACGAAAAAAUUUUUGAGAGAAAUUAAUGAUAUAAUGCCCUUUAUAGUUAAUAAUGAAACAACCAAAUAGGUUUCGAGAGUGGAAUGAUAAACACCCCCUUCUUCCCCUCCUUGCCCCCCCCUUCCCCCCCCCCCCUUAUUUAAAUCCUGUGAGCUCAAAGGCGUUUCUUGUUUUCUAGCAUGGCGUUUCUAUACCACGUGAGUUAUCAAAGGGUCUAUAUAAUUCACAUGUUACACUCAUAUCUUUGAUCGUGGGCUGUUUUUCUUUCUUUUUUCAAUAAGUUAUAAAAAACACCUCGCAGACUUUAUUGUCACUGACGACAGUCCUUUUAGGUAGAAAAAAAUGUUACCGCCAUUUAACUUGCGGACGCGUUUAAUUGGUUCACUGCUUUCCUGACUCAGGGACCAGUUUUGCAUUGCAGUUUGUUACUCACUAGCUUACUCAAGUGAGAACAAACUACAAUGGCAGUCAUUCAUCUUUUGUUAGUGUUGUUUCAGUUCAUUAAAUUAUAAAAUUAUAAAUUACUUUUUGCUUUUCAGGCAGAGAAGGAGCAAAGUAAGAUUUUAAGCCAAGUGGAAUACCUAAAAAGGCAAAGAGAUGCAUGCCAUGAAAAACUAGGAGACAUCAAAACCUUAACUACAGUUGUUAUGCAAGCUGUUCGAUUCUGGGAGGAGGUAGGCAUGCUUACUAAUACAGCAACAAUAAAAACAGAACAGCUUCAAAUUUUAAUUGAUCUGGCUGCCGAGGAAAACACUGAAAGGAUUCUCAACAGCAAGGGUCUGCACACCACGACAACUUCAUUCAAAGACCGCUGGAUGGAAGUGGCAGAGAUGAUUACUUCAGAAAAGAACAACCUGACUAUAAAUGGUUUGCUGGUCACAAAAACAGAUAUGUCACUUAAACAUUGA